AUGAUCCCCCCGCUCCCCGCAUCGGUAGUGUCUACCCUUAAAUCAAAGAUCGACACACUAUGUAAUAUCCCCAACAAACCCGGCAUUCCCGGCGCUGUGUUUGUAGCAGUCGAUAAGAAUGGCGAGAGAUUUGCGCAUGCAAGCGGCAAACGAGGAGUUGCAAGCAAUGAGCCCAUGACACUCGACUCGGUCUUUUCCAUUCUUUCUUGCACCCAGUUGGUAACGGGGAUAGCGUGCAUGCAGCUUGUUGAGCAAAAAGUGCUUCGUCUGGAUGAUGCGGAUCAGGUUGAGAGGCUGGCGCCGGAGUUGAAAGAUGUCAAGGUUUUGCAGGGGGGUGGACAAUUGGUUGAGAAAACGAACAGGAUUACGUUGAGGAUGUUGCUGUCUCAUACCUCCGGCUUUGGUUAUACUUUCUCCCAUGAAGGACUGAGGGACUAUAGUUAUCCAGCAGGAUACGAUGAAUUUAGCGGGCAUAUAUCAGGCAUUUCGCAACCCCUUGUGCAUCAACCUAGCGAAGCUUGGCGAUACGGGGUUGGAGUCGACUGGGCAGGAAUCCUCCUCGAGCGCGCCACGAGCCUAAAACUUGGCGACUACAUGCAGAAAAACAUUUUUGAACCGCUUGGCAUCACAGAAAUCUCAUUUGCCCCGUCAGAGCAGAUGAAAUCAAAACUGGCGUAUAUGAACCAGCGAGCAGUUGAUGGGACGCUGUCUGGAAGAGACCACUUGCUUAAUAGGUCGUUACGUCUUCAGUCGGAGGAUGAUGCAAAGGCGCUGUUUCACUCCGGAGGCUCGGGGUUAUUUGCUCAACCGCGGGGAUUUGCCAAAAUAAUAUCCACGCUCCUCAACGAUGGAAUAUCUCCGGACACGAACCGCCAAAUCUUGCAAAAGGAGACUGUCGACCAAAUGUUCACAAACCAAAUUCCUCAGUUCCCCAACUUUGGUCGUCAACCUGUUGCUGGUGCAAAGCCACUUCUAGCUAACCCCAGCGGAGACAUUUAUCCAAACAAUAACAAGCCCCAGGGCCAUGGGCUAUCGUUUAUGAUUACCGGCGGUGUAACAGGUCGGUCCGAUGGAACCGCUGGGUGGGCCGGACUGGCGAAUGUAUUCUGGUGGGCAGAUCGUGAAAAGGAAGUUGGAGGCAUAAUUGCCACUCAGAUCCUGCCACUUGGGGAUAUGGAUGCGACAAUGUUGUCGGCACAGUUGGAAGCUACGGUUUAUGCGGCAUUGACUUAG